CUUCCGCAUUUGUUUUCCCGAUAAAUUACCGGGUCAAUUUUAUGUUGAUUAAAACUCAUAUACUGGCUUGCCGAUUCAAAAAUCUGUCAUUGUCCCUCCCCCCCUUGUUCUUCGGACUCGAUAAGCAAGAGUCCGCUGAUUUAGCUGGAGUACGACUUGCGAGCCUAUUAUAAGUGGACUCAUCUACGGCUGCGUGCCGAUUCAUAAAUCAGUCAUUUUUUUCCCCCUUGUUCUUCGGACUCAAGAUAAGCAAAAGUCAACUGAUUUAGCUGUAGUAGGACUUGCCAGCUGAUUACAAGUGGACUCAUCUAGAGCUACAUGUGUUGAACUUCAGCCAUGUCUGGGAGUCCUGCUGUGGUUAUUCGCUUGGUGGCUUCGGCUUACACUGUGGCUGAGAAAGCUGGCGAGAUAGUGAGGAAAGUCCUUCACCGCGGAGACCUCGGCAUCGUUGAGAAGGAGGGUGCGAAUGAUCUGCAGACGUUAGCGGACAGACUUGCACAGCGCAGCAUCUGUACGUCGCUCUCGAGACGCUUUCCUAAAAUUACUAUCAUUGGCGAGGAGGAACUUCCAGCAGAGGAAGUCUCGGAAGACCUGAUUGAAAACGGCCAAGCAGAAGAAAUCCUGCAGAAAGUCUGCCCGGUUGAAUAUUGUGGAGUGAAAGAAGAGGAGCUGGUUGUGUGGGUGGAUCCUGUGGACGGCACAAAGGAGUACACGGAAGGGCUCCUCGAUAACGUAACCGUGCUUAUCGGAAUCGCCUACGCAGGCCGCGCAAUCGCAGGUGUCGUCAACCAGCCGUUCUACAACUACCAGCUUGGGCCAGGGGCGCAUUUGGGAAGAACCAUGUGGGGGAUGCUCGGACUGGGCGCCUUUGGAUUUCAGCUGCAAGAAGUUCCGGACGACAAACGCAUUGUGACCACCAGCCGUUCCCAUAGCAACAAGCUUGUCACGGACUGCGUCAGUGCGAUGGAACCUCAUGAGGUUAUCAGAGUGGGUGGCGCAGGGAACAAGAUCAUCCAGCUCAUCGAGGGCAAAGCGUCAGCUUACGUCUUCGCAAGCCCAGGAACCAAAAAGUGGGACACCUGCGCUCCCGAAGUUCUCCUGCACUGCGUUGGCGGUAAACUAACGGACAUGCAUAAUAAUCCUUACCGCUAUGACGCUAAUGUGAAGCGCAUGAACUCCGGCGGCGUUCUCGCGACGCUCAGGAACCACGAGUACUACAUCAGCCGAGUGCCUCAGUCGGCGCUGCAAGCCCUCAAGUCCGACUGAGGACGGCCUCUCGUGCAGAAUAUAGCUGAUAUACAUUGUUUUUCUAUUAUGUAUUUCAUAUUUAAUACAGAAUAGUGAGUCAACUUUUAAAUGUUUUUAUGAAUAAAUAAGUGC